CUUUCGGAAUAAGUACUGUGAAUAGUAGUUUAGUAAAGAAGGAAUGUGCAGAUCACUAGCAUACAAAUAUACUAUCAAUGACCUGAUAAGAAGAGUUGUCAUCUGACUUUAUCGUGGCGUUCGUAACUUCUCGGGACAAAUUGACUCUGUGAACAAUAUGCGGUUUAUCCAGUUUGAGAGGGGCGGAGUGAGACAGGUGGGGGUAGAGGUACGCGAUGGAGGGGACAUCGUGGAUUUACGUGCAGGAGACUCUGCAAUUCCAGCAGACAUGCGAAGUUUUAUUGAAGGUGGACAGAAGAACUUACUUGCAGCAAAAAGUGUGAUAGACAGAGGCGGAUCAAUCAUUCCGAGGGAUACUGUCAAAGUGGUAGCUCCUAUCUAUAACCCAGACAAAGUACUAUGUGUGGGGAUGAAUUAUAAGGACCACUGCGAGGAACAGAACGCACCUGUCCCCGUAGAACCGGUCAUCUUCAACAAGUUCCCCAGCAGCAUCAUAGGCCCCACGGAGGACCUAGUGUACCCCGAGGAGACGAAGAAGCUGGAUUGGGAAGUAGAAUUGACAAUUGUCAUUGGAAAAGAAGCCAAGCGUGUUCAGGAAAAAGAUGCCAUGAAUUACGUUUUUGGGUAUACUGUUGCACAUGACGUCAGCGCCCGUGACUGGCAGCUAGAACCUGGAAAGAAUGGUGGGCAGUGGUUGAUUGGAAAAGCCAUGGAUGGUUUCUGUCCUCUAGGACCCGCUAUUGUCAUGAAAGAGGACAUAAAUGAUCCUCACAAUCUGGGACUGCGGUGUAAAGUGAAUGGCGUCACCAAACAAGACAGCAACACAAAUCAGCUGGUACACAAAACGGCUGCCAUGGUAACAUUUAUUUCUCGAUUUAUGACACUGAAACCAGGAGACCUAGUUUUAACGGGAACCCCGCCUGGUGUCGGAGUCUUUAGAAAACCCCCAGAAUAUCUCAAGAAAGGAGACGUGGUGGAAUGUGAAAUUGAUGGCAUUGGAAAAGUUGUCAACAAAAUAGUGUAGAGAACUGUCGACAAAAUAGUAUUGAGAAUUGUUAACAAACUAGUGUAGAGUCAACAAAAUAGUGUAGAGAAUUGUCCAAAAAAUAGUGUAGAAUUUUACUGUCAACAAUGUAGUGUAGAGAACUGUCACAAAAUAGUGUUACUUUUACUGUCAACAAAAUCUAGUGUAGAAUUAAACUAUUAGGCUAUUGUGGUUUACACGUAAGGGAACUUAUUGAUUUCGAUAUUUUAAGAAAAUCAUCGCCAGAAGCCCAGAGAUGCAACUCAGAAACGUUUAUUUGAAUGGUCAACUGGGGAUCUGUAGAUUAACUAUUAUAAGGAAAUCAUUUUAUCUGAUUGACAAGUAAAACAAAAUGAAAUUUAACAUGUUUAAUUUGUAAGGGAAUUGAAUCCUGCUUUCUUUCAUGCGUAAUAUGACAGUGCAGAAUUCAGGUGCAAUAAAUCUUUAAAUAGA